AUGUCACAAGAUGAGACAUCACAAAGCUUUACGGACUUUAAGCAGACAAUCACUCAAGUACCGGCAUAUGGAUUAAAGUUUAAAUUCAAUCAUAAAUUUCCGGAUAAGGAAAAUUUUUCGCAAAACUUGAAACCAUCAUGGAAGCAAAUUUGGAACUUGAUGCCGAUGAUGUUGCGAUAUGUUCCGUAUUAUUGGAGAAAUGCGAAAAACGGAAAUCCUGUAUUGAUGGAUUAUUUUAGCAUGAGAAAUCAUGAUGGAAUUUAUGGAUGUCCGAUUGGUGGUAUUGGAGGUGGCACAAUUGGUCGUGGAUUUGCAGGAGAAUUUUGUCGAUAUCAAUUAAAACCGGGUCUUUAUGAAUGGAAUGUUGUUCAUGCAAAUCAGUUUAUUGUGAAUAUUCGUGAUGAAAAUGAUAAAACCAUUUUCCAAAGCUUAUUGUCGUCGUACAGCCGACCAAAGAACGUACUUUCCUCAUGGGAGAGCAAGCUAGAUCCAUCAAAAUGUAACUACACCGCACUUUAUCCACGUUCAUGGUCAGAAUAUGAUUUGAGCGAAUAUGGAAUCAAGCUUACAUGUCGGCAAAUUUCUCCAAUAAUUCCACAUAAUUAUAAAGACUCGUCACUUCCAUGCGCAAUUUUCGUCUGGCAAAUUGAAAAUGUCUGCGAACAUGAACGCAAAGUUUCUAUAACAUUUACAUGGAAGAAUGGAAUGGGAAAUAAGAAACAGGACUUGGCUGGGUGCCCGAAAGCUGAGACUUUUGACACAGACGAGGCAAAAGGUGCAACAAUUGUACAAAACAUCGUCGAUAUGCCAUGCAAUUAUCAUGUUGGUGUCUUUAAGGCAAGUGAUGAGGACAUGAAGGUUACAUCAGCUGUAAAAAUUGAUCCGAACGGUAAUGGAAGUGGAUUGUGGAAUGAUUUGAACGAGAAUGGAAUUAUAACCAACAAAAGUGAUGAUAAGAGUGUAAAAGAAGGCAAAGACGUGUGUGUUGCUGUCUGUGGACAAAAAACGUUGAAACCAAAGUCAUCAGAUGAAAUUGAAUUUGGUCUAGUAUGGGAUAUGCCCAAAGUUCGGUUCCCAAAAGGAAAAAGAUGGUUUACUAGAUUUUAUACAAAAUAUUUUGGAGAUGAUGGAAAGGCGGGUGAAAAAAUUAUGGAUUAUGCAUUUAAAAAUUAUUCAAAAUGGGAGCAGUUGAUGAUGGAUGAAUGGCAGAAGCCGAUAUUAGAAGAUUCAAACCUUCCCGAUUGGUACAAAGGCGCAAUUUUUAACGAGCUUUACUAUAUUGCUGAUGGUGGAACCUUGUGGGCGGUCGUUGAUGAUGAGAAUCAACUUGCUGCUGAUGAUCCAAGGCAUGCAUACGGAAUUUUUGGAUACCUAGAAGGACACGAAUACCGAAUGUACAACACAUAUGAUGUUCAUUUUUACGCUAGCCAUAGUUUAAUUAGCUUAUUUCCAAAUUUACAAGUUAGCAUUCAAUAUGAUAUUAAAGACACAAUAACACGAGAAAUUCCAGACACUCGAAAGCAUCUUUAUGAUGGAAAAGUGUGUCCACGUAAAAUUAAAGACACUGUUGUACAUGACAUUGGAGAUCCAGCUGAAGAUCCAUGGAAUCUUAUUAACUCCUAUCCAAUUCAUGACGUCAGCGAAUGGCGUGAUUUAAAUUGUAAAUUUAUUCUGCAAGUUUAUCGCGAUUACUACGUGCUUAACGAGUUUGCUCAGCUUAGUGCUGAUAAUGCUAGCAAAUUCAGUUCAAUUGAGUUUAUUGACAAGGAAAGUCUUUCCGAGAUGAUUAUUUUGGAUAAUCGGAAUAAAAUGAUGGAUGACAAGAGCAAAAAGUCAGCAUCGAUGUACAUCAAUGAAGCUAAUGGUAAAGUCUACCUAAUGGAUGCCAUGAAGUACUUAAAAGACAUGUAUCAAGUAUCUAAAACUGUUAUGGAUAAGACAAUAGAAUUUGAUCUAGAUGACGAUGGUUUGAUUGAGAACAAUAACAGUCCAGAUCAAACUUAUGACACAUGGGUGAUGUCUGGGCCAAGUAUUUACUGUGGUGGCUUAUACUUAGCAAGUCUUCAUGUGAUGUCAGUUAUGGCGGCAAUCCUAGAUCAACCAAAUGACUGCAUAAGAUACCGAGAAAUUCUUGAAAAAGGAAAAAAGUCAAUUGAAGAGAAGUUGUGGAAUGGAAGCUAUUACAACUUUGAUACUAGUGGAACUAAGAAUAUUAUGUCUGAUCAAUUGUGUGGACAUUGGUAUUUGAGAAGUUGUGGAUUUGAUCAUGAAAUUUUUCCCAAAGAGAAUGUUCGAGCAACUUUGAAAACAAUUUUUGAGAAUAAUGUUAUGAAGGUUGAAGGUGGGAAGGUUGGUGCAGUAAAUGGAUUCUCACCGGAGUUGGCCGGACCUGAUACUGCUAUGAUGCAAUCUGAAGAAAUCUGGGUUGGAGUUGUGUACGCGCUUGCAUCAACAAUGAUUUACGAGGAUAUGACAGAAGAGGCUAUGAAGACUGCUGGUGGUCUUUAUGAUAUGAUGGCACAAAGGGUUGGACUUUCAUUUGAAACACCUGAAGCUAUGUAUGUAAAGUCAACAUACAGGUCAAUUGGAUACAUGAGACCAUUAUCAAUUUGGUCAAUACAAAGUGCAUAUGAAAGGAUGAAGAAGUAUAAAAAUUAA